CCGGCCAUCGUUCCACAGCGACACGACACACGACACUCCGAGCAUCCGACCGUUUGUGCCAGCCAGCCAGCCAGUCAGUCCCAACCCAACAUUGUUGUUUACCAUCCCGUAACAUAUUUCAUGAACCGACAGUUAUGAUGUUACCGUUCGCGAAGCCGGUUCAUAAACUCAAGUUCAGGGCAUAAAAUCUCAUUAACGUGCCGUACUCGUUCGGUGACUGGUGUGCUUCCGUCCGAUGCUGGAUGGGUAAAUCUGGAUCAGAUUCCGGAUUAGGAUCGGAACGCUUAUUGGGACUUGGUGAAGUGAUUUGCUAAAGUUUCUGGUUUCUUGGAAACGGUGAAGGUGGAUUUGAAAGCGAGACGCAUAAUUCCACUGAAGCAGUUACCAGCUGUUUGAGGAAAAACCCGGAAAAUGAUGAUGAUACUUCUUCUUCCUCCGUCUCCGUAGUCAUUUGUUCGUUUAGUACAAGAGCUGGAGUGAAGUAACGUGAAUAUUUGCAUUUUGUCUUAGAAAUUAUUAAAAAAGUGUGACAGUGCAAAAAUUGAAAGAAAAUUGCCUUCAUAAGCCGAGGAUGAGUUUUCGCUAGGGACGACGGGGCAAAAAUGAAAACUUAAAGUGGACGUAUCGUUCUCUGUCCAGCCGCUUUCGGUUUCCGUUUCGUUUACCAAGGAGGAAAGAAAACACUUCUAAAACGAUAUAACUGCUGCGCCGUGAGCUGAAUUACGAAACAUGAGCAGUGUUGUUCUACCCUAUGUACCAUCAUCUAACGAGAAGAGCGUAUGAAAAAAUGUUAUCAGUUUUUCGGUGUAAACCAAACAAGUAACGUGGUUGCGAAAAAAUAAAGAAAGCAAAUUCAAUCAAAUAAUCGUACACCAGAGCAAGAUAGUGAGAGUGUCUCAGAAGAAGCGAAGAAAGUGAUUACGGAUUUGGCGCGCGUGUGGAUAUGCCAAGAAGCCCACGGUUUAGCUAUCAGUGUGAUCAGUGGAUUAUUUUCAGCUCCCAGAGUUAAUCAGUGCCGACGCCUUUGCCGGAAACGAAUUGCACCGGAAGCGAACGGAAAUGUUGAAUACAUAAAACCCCUCCAAGGAUGACCCAAAAAUGGAUGAAUUAUGUUACAUUUCCUCGAACCGAACCUCGAAGCUGGGAAAGAUAAACACGCACAGCCUAAAAGCUCCACUCUGAAGUAAGGUUCUUUGGGCGCACCUUUCACAAACUGCUUCAACCUCGCCUUUCCAUCACUGACUGUAGAGGCACACCUGGGUCAACAAAGACUGAAGCAGAUAUAUUCUAUUUCCACCACCCAUCGGCGAAGAAGCGUGCUCGAAGCUGUGCCGGAGCUGUUUCCAUCAAAUUGUAGUCAGCCAGAUAUCUUAACUGGUUCUUCAGAUGCUAGGAACAACUGUCGGAUCCUCGGAGUGCUUCAAUAGGAAAGGAAACACACCCUCUCGAUUGGCGCCCAACGUUGACAGCCACCAUCCGGAGGACAUCUGGGAAAUGUUUUCUCAUCACCUGUCGUGUGCUGUUGCUGACUGACUGCUAUUGACCACUCCCUCUGAUCAUCGAACAGAAAUGCUAAAAGCACUUACUUAGUCGCUCAUUCACGUUUCACGAGUCGAUGACAACAGGCUAAGGCCAGAGGCGUGCAUUGGAGUUUGAGUGUGAAGUUUUUAAAUGGGAGGCGUGAUAAUUGAGUCUUUAUAUUGAGUGUGAAAAGAAACAGAUGCAACAACAUGGAUGAUAAUCUAACGUAUUUUCUGACUACGGGUGGUUUGUUCGGGGAAAAUGCUUCGAUAGGAGAGAAUGCAUUGAACGACACAGGAGGGAUGCCUCGUGGCAACUUCACCUGCCCAUCGACGGAUAUGCCAACCACGUACACUGUGUUCAUGAUACUAUAUGCCGUCGUGUGUCUGGUUGGUGUCAUGGGCAAUACGUUGGUAAUCUAUGUGGUGCUACGAUUUUCCAACAUGCAGACGGUGACCAACAUGUACAUUCUGAAUCUGGCGAUUGCGGACGAGUGCUUCCUGAUCGGUAUUCCGUUCCUGAUAGCAACGAUGCACAUGAAGCGUUGGGUCUUCGGUGGAGCCAUGUGCAAAGCCUAUAUGGUCAGCACGUCGAUUACGCAAUUCACCUCUUCAAUAUUUCUGUUCAUCAUGUCUGCCGACCGCUAUAUAGCUAUUUGUCACCAUAUCUCAUCGCCCAAGUACAGGACGCCUCUGGUGUCUCGAGUGGUCUCUGCUCUUGCUUGGCUAGCUUCCGCUCUAAUCAUGCUGCCAAUCAUGAUUUACGGUGACAUCAUCCAGCUGCAACCCAACAGCUACUCGUGUCAAAUCGUGUGGCCAGAAUCACACGAACAUAUGCCCGGAUACACGUUCACGCUCUACUCGCUGAUCUUGGGAUUUGUAGUGCCACUCUGCUUUAUAAUGACAUUUUACUGUCUCGUGAUUCGCAAACUUCGUAACGUAGGGCCAAAAACGACCAACAAAUCACGCGGAAAACGACGUUCCCACCGGAAGGUAACGAAACUAGUGCUAACCGUAAUCACCGUCUACAUCCUUUGUUGGCUACCGUACUGGAUUUCGCAGGUAGCGUUAAUUACUUCCCCGGAUGGGUCCUGCAGCACUCGGCUCGAUAUCAUACUUUUCCUCCUGGUCGGUUGUUUAGGUUACAUUAACUCAGCCAUAAACCCCAUCCUCUACGCGUACCUUAGCGAAAACUUUAAGAAAAGUUUUCUUAAAGCCUGCACCUGUGCCGCCCGGGCAGAGGUAAAUGCCCAGUUAAAAUUAGAAAACAGCGUAAUGCCGAAGCGGUCCCGCACUCGAACGAACUCCGACACGACCCAACUGACCACAUCGAAAGUGCAACAUCGGCUGUUGAUCGAUCCGACCACGACGGCCACCACGACAACGACCGCGGCAUCAACCGUGUCCUCGCGGAAUCCCAGCCCACCUGUCGUACAAAGGAGCUUAAUGAACAAUAACCAUCACGGAAGCGGAAGUGGGAACAACGGGAAAAACUGUAACAACGACCGAACAGCCGAUUCGGCCAAUCGAACGGCACCGAAUGCCUCCAAUGGCCACAAUAGCUUAGGUGAAUUAGUGCAAUUGUCUUAAAUAUUACCAACUAAAAUUAGUACGACUACGAAAAAUUUAACGUUACUAGCACACACACAUACACACAACCCCAAAUAGAGAGCCCAAAAGCACCCCACAAUGAGAUGUAAUUAAAUAGGAGAGUAAUCAAUUGUACAUUGUACACUAGUGUCAUAAAUCAAAAUGCGGCAAACAAAGUGAGAGAUAAACACUGUACAUAAACUAGAGACGUAAAUUUGAAAUUUAUUGAAAUGCCAUUUAUAUAGGAUAGGAAUUCCGGGGCCUGGCCACAAAAACACAUUCAUGUGCGAAAGUAAAUUCUAUGAUAUAAAA